AUGUCUUUCUCAGGCAUUACCCGAAAGGCCAGCAAAAGACCUUUCCCAUUGGAAUCUCUUCUGCCGCCACAAGUUCCACGAAGUAAUUACUUGCAUUUGCAGGAAGAGAAGCAAAGACUGCAGCUAAAGAAAUUCCUUAUUGAUAGGAUGUUUCUAGUGGCCAAGACAAGACCCAACAUAGAAAAAAAAGAUAUUGCAGAAUACUACGAACAAGUGUUUCAGUCCAUUUCGAGAUACCACCUAGGAGAAGCGGUAACAGGAUUAUUGCUCAUAUACCCUACUUCCGUUCUGCACAUCCUCGAGUCCUCUGAUGGUACUCUGCAUCAAAUUCUUUUAGAUUAUCUUAACCAUCAGAAGAAUGAAACAGAAUUUUUUAUCAAAGGCAUGAAAAUUAUAGUAGUGUCCCAUAACAUCCCAACAAGGAUCUUCAUGCAAUGGCAAGUUUCAGUAAUAAAAGUGCCAGUCAUGUAUCUUGAUGAUGUGACACAGUCACAGUCCCUAGAAGAAGUCGUCACAGAGUUUCUCACCCAAACGCAUAAACUAGCACUCUACCUUUUCAAGAAUGUUAAGGUGGGCACCAAAGGACCAGGUGACAACUUGCACCAAGUUGUACCUGAAUUACUCCCCCCACAACAAAUAAUAAAGUAUUUGUACAAUUCUGAAGAAUUCAUGAACCCAGAAACUUUCCUAAACAUGUAUAAUAAACCCGUGCAUGUCACUUUGGAUUCUGAGGUAGUCUGGCCUGCUCCUUCCCAUUUCUAA